AUGGUGCUGCCAAGACUCAUCCUGUCCCUCGCGGCCCUCGCUGGCGCCGCGUCGGCGCAGAGCAUGCAGUUCAUCAACCCCCCUCCUCAGGGAAGCGAGCCGAACGCGGCCAACUUCCCCAAAUUCCAACAGGGAAGCACGGUGACGGUACGGUGGACAAAGGGUCCAGCCGGAAAGGCCAUGAGCCUUACGCUGUGGCAGCUGGACCAGAAAACAAUGCAGUUCUUUGGGGACAUUGAGUAUUUGAGUCAAAACUUCAUCGACAAAGAUUCGUACUCGUGGCUGGUAGCGACGAGGAAAGACCUCAAAAAGUCAAACCUCUUCUACUUUGCCAUCUUCCAAGAGGGCUCCACGACAUCUGACUCCAACAGCCAAUACUUCAACAUCACCGUUCCCGCGGACGCAUCGCAAUCGACGACGAGGACGACCAGCGCAGCUACCUCGGCUACUCCAUCGGCUACCACAGCUACUCCCUCAUCUACCACAGCUACCCCCUCGACUACGACACCCGCCGCCGGGGCCGUGGCAUCCACCCCGGCUGCUGAUCAGGGCGAGAGCACCAACCAAGACUCAGGGCUGAGCAUGGGGGCCAAGAUCGGCAUUGGCGUCGCGGUACCGCUGGCUGUGAUCGCGGCCGUGGGCGUCGGCGCGUGGCUGUGGUUCAGGAGACGCAGGGGAGCCGCUGACAGCGCGGCCGGACAGCCCAUGUUGGGAGCGGGCGGAGGAGGCCCAAGAGCAGCAGGGAUGCUCGAGGCUGGUGGUGGCAACACCUACAACCCUUCCGAGUUCCCAGGGUCGCCGUCGGCCAUGACAGGGACAACCGCGGCGGCAGCCGGGACGCCAUCGCAUUGGGUGCCGGCGACGGCGACGACGCCUGGGUAUUGGAGCAGCGGCGGAGCAGCGGGGGCCGGUGGAGAUGAGGCCACCAAGUUCAUGAUGGGCGGGUACUACCAACCUCCGCCGGCCGAGAUGGGGCCUGGAUCGCCGAGGCCGACGGAAAUGAGCGCCACGGAGGCGCCGAGGAGGGAGGUGUAUGAGAUGCCGACCCCGGAACCCAAUAGGGCGGUUCCAAGGUAG